UAAAAUAUCCGGUAAAAGCAAAAUGCACUGCAGUAACGAUGGAAGGCCAGGAAAAAUUAGUUCUAACCGUUGUUUGGUUGUUGCUGUGUGUUACUGAGUUGAUCUCAGGAUGCAAGUUGUCACCGACGACUGCUUCAGGUUUUAAGGCUCCAAAAGGUCAAAUAUGUUCUGGACAACUAAUUUUCGAAGAUAAUUUCAACCGAUUGGAUAGAACUGUUUGGGAGCAUGAGAACUCGCUUGGCGGUGGAGGUAACAACGAGUUCCAAUGGUAUUCGGGAUCAGAACGAAAUUCCUACAUUAAAAACAAUCACCUAUACAUCCGCCCGACGUUGACAUCAGACGAAUUCGGUGAAGCGUUCCUCGAAAACGGGGUCAUCAACCUCAACGAGGGUCCACAGAGUCAACGAUGCACCGACGGGCCGGGGUGGGCUGAGCAGAUUCAGGGUUGCUACCGGCGGGGAAGUCCCGAUCGUAUUCUGAACCCAGUUCGCAGUGCACGUCUGCGGACGAUUAACUCGUUUGCCUUCAAAUAUGGAAAGCUCGAAAUCAACGCCAAGUUGCCUCGGGGUGAUUGGUUGUGGCCUGCAUUGUGGCUACUUCCAAAAGGAGAUACCUACGGAAGUUGGCCCAAAUCCGGUGAAAUAGAUCUGUUGGAGUCUCGUGGCAAUCGUAACCUCAUGCUGAACAACGAGAAUAUUGGAGUUGAGAAGGUGUCGUCGUGCCUUCAUUUCGGAGAAAACCCGAAUUUGCGUAGUUCGCAGUGUGGUUCCGUCAGUGGAAAUCUAUUUGGUGCGAUGUUCAACAGAUACCAAAUGACGUGGACACAGAACGUUAUCCAGUUUGGAGUGAACGAUAAGAUCUUCCGCACUGUAACACCUUACGAGGGCUUCUGGAAGCUUGGUGGAUUUAGUUUCAACCCGUGGCCUCAGGGUUCGAAAAUGGCACCAUUUGACCGAGAGUUUCACAUACUUAUAAAUGUUGCAGUCGGUGGAGAUUAUUUCCCGGAUGAUGCGUGGAACCCACAUCCGAAACCUUGGCGGCUGGGAAAUCCGAGCGCGAUGACGGACUUCUAUAAAGCGAAAUCGGAUUGGUACAGUACUUGGGGAGAUGCUGCCGCUUUGGAGGUUGAUUGGGUCAGAGUGUGGGCGUUGUAGGUCUUGUAAACAUUACAAUUGUUUGUUACAUAAAUAAAAACUCCCGAUCAAAAAUUCGGAGUCACGCCUUCUCAAAA